AUGAUAGUGAAAGAAAGGGUUGAUUUUACUUUGGUGGACAACCACAUGGAAGACUCUGUGACACUUGAAGAGGGUUCUGCCAAUGCAAGCGGCGAUGCCGAGUCGAUUUUUUCCGUUGAGAAGAUUAAAAGUUUUCAGUCUUUGAAGAGUCUUGAUCAGAAGGCUUUGAAAUUUUGGGUUUUGUGGCUCUUGCUUCAUGUGUCACAGAAGAGUGCAGAGGAAAACAUUGGAGACACAUUUGGCUUUAUCGGCUGUUGUGGGAGGCAGAAUAAGGGGGUCUCAGGGGAGGUGGUGGGAGAGAAUAGGAAGUACCAAUUUUUAAUGAGAAACCAAAUACGAGUGGAGAUAGAGAGAAGUACUGGAAUAGUGAUAUAG